AUGUCAGGCAACGAAAUGGAACAGACGAUUGCCAACAAGCCUACACCUCGCAUUCGCAUCAACUCCGGGCGCCAUGACCCUUUUGAGGAAGCAGACGAAAGUUUAAGCCCACUGAAUGGAUCGAUCUUGCACCAACCAUUGACACCCACCGGUCCUGAGCCACACUUGCCCCUGGGUGUGCAAGGCAUUUCGCCAUAUGGGGGUGCAUCUGCACCGGAAUCAUCGGAAUUUCUUCUCCCACCCAAGCUACGACCAACUCCUCGUGAUGAUUCAGUGCGAUCAGGAUCGCCGGACCGUUGGUCAUCACGGUCAAGAGGGCAAUCGAGUGUCAGCUCCAUGAGUCGAGAGAGUCGGUUUCAUUUCAGCCCUUUUGAGGACUACUCCCUGGCGCCGAGUCGUACCGACAGUGAGGAGUACGAUGUGAACACGCAGACCGUCUCGGAAAAGUUCAAUAUCAUGCCAACUGACGGCUUGCUCUUGUUUCCCGAAGACGUUGAGAAGGACGACUACUUGCAUAAUCCAGAUCCGGCCGACAAGGAUCGAGAUUGUGACAUUUGGAACCGAAGGGGCAUGUUGAAUGUGGGCGGAUUAAUACUGCUGACGGUGGGCAUUUUGGUACUAUUUAUUGGGUACCCCGUCAUAACCUGGGCUGAAGGCCUGAUGAAACCUGCUCCGACCUGCAGAGAUGGAGAAUAUGCUUGUCUGGACGUGGGAGAAACCCCACUGCUGAACAACAUUCGGCGCGGAUUGAUCGACCCCGACACGCCUCAAGAAGCAAUGACCAAAAUCAACGCUGAUGGCAGGGAAUGGAAGCUAGUGGUCAGUCUCAUCCGAGCGGGAGGAACGAGGAGGGAUCAUCAAGCUAACCUGCACAUUAAGUUUUCGGACGAAUUCAAUAUGCCGGGUCGAACUUUUUACGAUGAAGACGAUCCAUUCUUCCAAGCAGUCGACCUUUGGUACGGAGUGACCAUGGAUAAGGAGUGGUACGAUCCUGAUGCGGUUACCACAAACGAGGGCGUGAUGGAGAUUCGCUUCGACAAUUUCGAGAACCAUGGCCUGGAGUAUCGGUCUGGGAUGGUUCAGAGUUGGAAUAAACUCUGUUUCAAAGGCGGUCGUUUGGAGGCUAGCCUCUCCCUCCCCGGUGACGGGCAUAUUCAAGGAUUCUGGCCCGGAUUCUGGGCAAUGGGUAACCUGGGUCGUGCUGGUCAUGCUGCGACCACCGACGGAAUGUGGCCGUACAGCUAUCACGAUGGUUGUGACGCUGGGAUCACCCCUAACCAAAGCUCCCUCGAUGGCAUCAACUUUCUGCCUGGCAUGAGACUGCCGGGCUGCGCGUGUCCUGGCACCGACCACCCGACCCCCGGCCGUGCUCGAAGUGCCCCGGAAAUCGAUGUGAUUGAAGGCAGUACUGCUCCGCUGAAUGAUGUUGGACCCUUUGUUGGUACCGCUUCUCAGUCACUUCAGGCCGCGCCGUUUGACCUUUGGUACAUGCCCGAUUACGACUACACCGCCGUUUACGAUCCUUCAAUUACUCGAAUCAACGACUACCGUGGUGGCAUCUACCAGCAGGCCAUGUCUGGCAUGUCAACCCUGAACAGCCGCUGGUACAAUGGCACAGAAUACCAAACGUUUGGUUUUGAAUACCAUCCAGGAGCGACAGGCAAUGUCACUUGGUUCAUUGGCGAGAACAAGACCUGGACUCUCGAUGGCCGUGCUAUCGGGCCCAAUGGCAACGUCGGACAACGGAUGAUUCCCCUGGAGCCGAUGAGCAUGAUUAUGAAUUUGGGUAUGGCAGACAACUUUGCACCGCAGAACAAGAGUAUCCGAGAGUACAUGCCGGCCUACUUGCGUUUCGACUACGUCCGCAUCUACCAGGACCCCGACGACAUCAGCGUGACCUGCGAUCCACCUGGCUACGAAACCACUUCGUAUAUCAAACAGCAUCUCAAGGCUUAUGAAAACCACAACCUGACGACCUGGGCGGAUACUGGCUACAACUGGCCCAAGAACAGCUAUAUGAAUGAUUGCUCAUAA